AUGCAGUGCAGAAAAAGGAAAAACUUAAAAGAGUUGACUCUUUGUCUUCACUCCUGGUUGUUCGCUGGCCUGGCUGCCUGCUCCCCACUCCUCUACUCACCUCUUGUCCCCGAAGAACCCCUGAGAGCCCCUGACUUCUGUGCGCGGCACCUCAAACUCUUCGGCUACCAGCCAACCAUUUAUUAUCCCAAAAGGCCGAACAAGCCACUCUUCACCGCCCUGGUGACCCAGUGUCAGAAAAUGGACAUCCCUUUCCUUGGUGAAAUGCCCCCAGAGCCCAUGCUGAUCGACGAAUUGUACGAGCUGGUCGUGGAUGCCAUCUUUGGCUUCAGUUUCAAAGGCGAUGUUCGGGAGCCGUUCCGUGGCAUCCUGGGUGUCCUGAAUGGGCUCACGGUGCCCAUUGCAAGCAUCGACAUUCCCUCAGGAUGGGAUGUGGAGAAGGGGAACUCUGGAGGGAUCCAGCCAGACUUGCUCAUCUCUCUGACAGCACCCAAAAAGUCUGCCACCCAGUUCACCGGUCGCUACCACUACCUAGGAGGUUGUUUUGUGCCACCUGCUCUGGAACAGAAGUACCAGCUGAAUCUGCCACCCUACCCCGACACUGAGUGUGUCUACCGUCUGCAGUGAGGGAAGAGGGGUGUGCUUUCCUCCCAAUAAAGACUUAGUGCCCCUCAAAAAAAAAAAAAA